GUGGAAUUUCAGGAAUCACAAGCAGUAAGAAAUAUAAAAACAUCUGAGAACAAACAAAUGUCCCUGUGCACUCUGAAGAGGGAAGAAGCUUUCCAUUAGCCAUUAUUAGUGGAACAUUUGCUCGUGAUAUCAUAUGGUUGUGGGUAUUGGAAACAGCAGUGCAAUCAACUGUUUAGGAUGUAUGUUGGAAGCUGAAUGUAUCUCCAACACCAGGAUUUGGAGACAUUAUUAAAUUAUUGCAGCAUAGAUCAUAAUCCAAUGCAGUUUGAAACUUGCCUGGUAACAAUUUGGAAAUCAGCAAUGCAGCCACCGCCACGUGAUAUUUUGAAGACAGUGCACAUAGAAAUAUGGAAGAUGAAUCGUGGUAUCAUCGCUAUGAUCACGUAGCAGUGGACAUGACGAGGAAGCCACAUCCAGAAAGUAGUCACCAGCAAGCGAACACAAGAUACAGUUGAUUGUUGUGGACUACGAGUGAAGUGUCUUUUUUUUUGGGAUUAAACUUCGUGUUCAAUAUUUUUUGUUUUUGUUUUUUGGCAAGUGUUUCGUCUGAGAAAGCAAACUAUUAUGAAUCUAAACAAGUUAGGUGCAGUGAACGUUUUGUUAAUUGUGACACUCGUUUCUGGAGAUUCUUAUCCUCCUCCGUGUAGCAGUAAUGUCUACUGCUAUGGAGAACUGCUUCACACCGUUCAAAUGAAAAAGAUAUAUCACGAUUCGAAAACUUUCGUAGACAUGAAAAUGAAGCAGCCACCAAAUGAGACAUUAGAAAGUUUUCAAGCUCUGAUGAAGAGAACGACGUCAGACCCGACUAUCGAAGAGCUUGAAAACUUUCUUAGUGAGAAGUUUGAACCUGCUGGAAGUGAAUUCGAAAAAUGGGAUCCAUCUGACUGGAUUAAACAUCCGAAGUUUCUGGACGACAUCGUCGAUACUGAUUUCCGGGAAUGGGGCAAACAGUUAAAUGACCUAUGGAAGUUUUUGGGGAGGAAAAUGAAAGAUGAAGUUGGGGAACAUCAAGAAUUAUAUUCUAUUAUUUACGUGCCACAUCCCGUGAUUGUUCCCGGAGGAAGAUUCCGGGAGUUUUAUUACUGGGAUUCUUAUUGGAUUAUACGUGGCCUCCUACUCUCAGAGAUGUACACGACGGUGAAGGGGAUGUUAGGAAAUUUCUUCUCUAUAGUUGAGAACUAUGGUUGUAUUCCAAACGGAGGAAGAAUUUAUUACGCGAAGAGAUCGCAACCACCGAUGUUGCUCCCCAUGAUGAAAAGUUAUUUGGAUGCAACAAAUGAUAUCACGUUUUUGAGAGAUAACAUCGACAUCUUGGAACGAGAGUUUGAUUACUGGAUGACAAAUCACACGAUUUCAGUCGAGAAAGAUGGAAAAAGAUAUACUUUGGCGAGGUAUAAGGACGCUUCAUCGGGACCCAGACCGGAAUCUUACUGGGAAGAUGUUUCAAGUGCUGAAGAAGCUUUUCGUACAGACGAAGAGAGGGAAGCCUACUAUUCCGAAUUGAAAGCUGCGGCCGAGUCGGGUUGGGAUUUCUCAAGCCGUUGGUUCAUUCAGAAUGCCACAAAUAAAGGAACUCUUAUCGAUCUGAAGACGCGAUAUAUUAUUCCAGUGGAUCUAAACUCUAUAUUGUUCUGGAAUGCCAGACUUUUGGUAGACUUCUACACACGCCUGAACAUAACAGAAAAAUCCGAUAAAUACAGAAGUAUCGCGGACGAAUGGCUAGAAGCCGUGACUGCCGUGUUGUGGCACGACGAAGUCGGCGCGUGGUUGGAUUACGACUCGAUGAAUGAGGUUAAACGUGAUUAUUUCUAUCCUACAAAUGUCGCUCCGCUUUGGACUGGCUGUUACAAGGAUAAGGAAACCCAAGUUGGGAAGAUAAUGAAAUAUUUGCAGAAGACGCAGAUAAUGGGAAAUCUAGGUGGCAUUCCGACGACAUUAGAGCAUUCUGGUGAACAGUGGGACUACCCCAAUGCGUGGCCCCCACUUCAGUAUAUCAUGAUCAUGGGUCUUGAUAACACAGAUGAUGAUUGGGCUAAACAGCUGGCAUUUGAGAUGACGGAGAGAUGGGUGCGAUCAAACUACAAGGCGUUCAAUGAAACUGGUGCUAUGUAUGAAAAGUAUGAUGCGACAGUUCCUGGUGGCCACGGCGGUGGUGGAGAAUAUGAAAUUCAGGUGGGAUUUGGAUGGACAAAUGGCGUAAUAAUGGAACUACUUCACAAGUAUGGGGACCGCCUCACAGCUCGUGAUAGGUUUACAGAACCAGAUUCCAGACCGAACUACCAGUCUGACUCCAGAAUCAAUGUAGCGGCAGCGGCUCCCACGUCGUCCGUAAAACAUAUUCUGACAGGAUUCGUAGCCCUGCUUGUCACGUUUGUUGCAGGAUAUAUAGGGGUAAUUAUGUAUAGAAAGCGCACUUCCCAACAAACUGGGAGAAGGGAACUUUGCCCUCAGUUUUGUGGAGGAUACAUGGAGCUGAAAAACCUAGCAUUUGAUUGACAGGAGUAUCGAUUAGGCAGGAUAACGCGCUGUCCAGUUUUAUUGGGUCUCUCCGGCUGGUAAUGGACGAAUGAACGGUUCGAAGCCAGUAAUAAGGAAGGACAACUAUUGGUAGGAUGUGAGCAGAAAACAAGGCUGGGUAAGAGUGUUUUGGCAAAGUAGUUCUUGGCUUUAAUAUUCAUUGUCAAGAAAUUACUCCAUAUCUCAUUUAUAAGGAAUUUGACAGAACGUGGCAAUAAACAUUGACGCUUUACUUUAAGAAGAAUAAAAUAUUAUGUAGAGGCCAUUGGUGAUGAAAUUGGUAAAGGGGAGCUGAAUGUGUGAUUUUACUGGUACAUAAUAGUAUAGAAGUAUUUGUUGACAUAUAUAUUUUUACAAGAUUAAUGCGUAUAAAAUUUUUAAGUAUGAGUGGUAGUUAUGGGUCCAUAUAUGAUUAUUUUUGAGAAUAAGACUUUGCUGUACUUUUCAUGAAAUGUAUAUUUUAAUCAGUAUCAAAUUUUUUUUCCUGAGCUGUUAGAUUCUUUGCAUACUUUUCAUGAGUUAAUUUUAUUUCAGAACUGCUCCGUGAGGUUGGAUAUGUUGUAUACUUCCUGAUUGCAUGGCCUCACGUUUAUCAGGGGAAUGUUGAUCGGAAAUAGAGCCGCCGGUACUCGUAUGAAUCUGGCGUUUCGGUGGAAAUAUUUAUCAGUAAAGAGACCAUCACAGUAGAUGACUGCCUAAUGUAAGAUAUUGAUAAUUUGUUAUUGCACUAAUGGUUUUUUUAUGCCAACUUCAGUAAUCACAUCUCAGAAGAACGACGCUUGCACUGCAAUAGGGGAUCUUUUUUAUGAAUGUUGCUUUGGUGUAGAGGUAAGAAAAGGUGCAGAAUAAUAUAAUCAUUUUGGGUGUUAUGUAUCUCUUGAAGGGUAAACUUUAGAACCAUUUUAUCUGGUGAGCUGGUACUUUGAAGACUAUCAUUCCUUCAGAUAUCUUCAUGAAAUGAAGAUGCAUGGUUUAAAAUUUGUAAUUUGGUUGUCUUGUAAGGGAUGUCUUCUUUCUCUUGCCAUUCUUCUUAGAAGUUUCUACAGUGCCCUAGAAUUAUCACGAGUGCCGUCGACGAUAAACAAAAUCUGUAAUUGAUAGGAGCAGUCAUUAAAAUUUCCAAAAGUAAAAGUGCAGUUGCGUCGUGAACGUGCAGUGUUGAUAACGGUUAACUCUCGUCAGUCUCCAUUUAUUUCUGAUAAGCAGACUACAGAUUGUUUGUAGAAGAUAGUUGAAUAUUGUGUGUUUCACAUAUAUUGAAAUUCAGUGAAAUGAACUCAUAAGGAAGGUAUGAGAAAUAUAUUAAAAGUUUUGAAAUUACGGUGUCAGGCUCACGGCUGAAAAUCUAAUGUCAGAAGAAGAAGAAGAAGACAGAUAUUUGAAUGGCUGUUAUAACUGCACACUUAGGUUGCGCGGAAUCACAGAUCACUACAGCGAACUUCAUCGAUUCAUGUGACGGCACACAUUAGCGGUAGUCUGCAAAGUCCGGUCAGAGAUUUAACAUCUCCCUUAUCUUUCAUUAUAUCAGAGACGUAUUACCCAGAACUAGUGAAAUUAUUUUAUAUUUAUUUGUAUAUCCCAAAAUAUUGUAAGUGAUGGACUUUAUGGAAACAAAGUCUCUCCAGGAAAGUGACAGGUGCUAGAGCCAUAUUUCCGAGCGUAGAAGACACCUUGUCUUCCAUUGUGGACUUAAAGUAAGAAUACAGACAUACUGUAAGUAAGUGUAUUGUGAUGUUUAUAUUAGUAUUAUUUUUUUCUCUUAUUGUGUCUUAAAUGGAGUCACGUCUCUUAAUGUGUGGAGAAUAUCUUGGUGAUGGUACUUUCUGUAGGGUGUAACAAGAGUAAGUUGAAGAUGUUCAUUGAGUGUAGGGCACAAACAUUUCCAAAAUAUUUCGCUACUGAAUAUUAGAUUUGUCUGUGAACAGACCGAGUAUGUACGUGUCCGUGUACCUUUCUUUUUUCACAGACCAGUGACUGUGAUAGUUGAGAGAUAUGCCACUUUCUUUGAAUCGUGUUACGGCAUGAUUACACGUCAUGUGUGUCUCUCUGCGUUCGUACUGUUCUGCAGAUGUGAAACAGAAGUGUGGGAGUUGGCAUCUCUGCCAGACAGCCACCCCCCAUUCACUUACAUUUUGGUCCAGACAGCCAUCCCCAUUCACUUACAUUUUGGUCCAGACAGCCACCCCCAUUCACUUACAUUUUGGUCCGAGAUUUGUGUAAUUUCAAUGACUUACUUUCCUGCCCCACACGCGGUGAAUCAUUUUGACUUGUUCUGGUCUUUUGACAUUCUCUGAUGAUGUUCACAUCACCGCUUUAUUUGCAUGGAAGUACAUAUUUACAAUACUGAUAUUAGAAAGCAUCGCCUAAAGAUGUACAUGACAAUUAAUGCAAGGCUGUGUCUUGUUGUGGCUCCUAAAGGAUUGUUUUAAUACUUCUGAUUGCAUAUAGAUGAGGCAUGUGUUCUAUAUGUAAUAAUCAGUCAACUUUUUUUAAUUGCUUGCUUUAUUCAAUAAGUAUGAAGUAUGUGCGAUGCAGGGUAAGUUUCAGAGCGUGAAGUAGUAUUUAUUAAUUUAUUUUAUUCUGAAGAAAUGAGUUUAUGGUACUGCAUGUUAUCUAAUUUCUUAUGCAGUUGAUGUGCCAAAAUUAUGUCAAAAAUAUGGCUUUAAUAUCACGCUGUUAAUGCUUAUUUUUUAUGUCUCCUAAUUUUUACAUAUGAAAUUUAAAUAUUUGUUGCUUUUUAUAAGUUAUAUGACAGUAUACAUGUUUAGCGCUCCAUGACAAACUUUAUGUUAUUAAAUAUUCAGUAUGCCAAACCAAAUGCUCAGUCCCAAAUAUUCGUACAGGUCCGAAGUGUAAGUGCAGAAUCAUCUUUCCUUUUUAAGGUGUGACCCUUUUGUCAUAUCCUUGUCUUUGAGUUUCCAUGACUUAUGUCUGAUGUAUAAGAUUACACUUUUAGGUUUGAGUUGUGUUAUUUGUUGAAAUCCUCCUAACAUUCCAGCAAACAUUGCAGUUCAGAAUGAAAGGUACGCGUCUGACAGACCAGACAUCACAUUCCCGCAGAUGCUUAUGGGAACGUAAGAGAUGAUAAUCUUGGGGGGGAGGGACUGAUGAUCAGCAAUACCAAAUAUUCCAUAGAGAUCACAGUAUCACGUUUGAUGAAAUGGGAGAAAAAGGCAGUCAUUUUCAAAUCAUCAUCAGAGACGCCAUCAAAGCAAUGAAAUGCCCAUAGAACAUUAAAGAGUAGUACAGUUAUUGAUUGAAUAACAUUUUGGGAUACCAAAUUGACCUUCUGUUGGCUAGUACACACAAUAUUUCCCCCAGAUUUCAGAGUCCAGCCAUUUUGUGAACAUCUAUAACAACCAAUAAAGUCAUUCACAUUCUCCUUUCCUCCCUCUUGAGGAUUAUGUAAAAAUAUGCUGUUCCUUUACCCAAUCCGUGACAUUGACGCCAAAUAUGGUGAGAGUUUGCUGAAACAUUGGAAUGAUUUAAAUGAAUGAUUUGGCACAAACCCAAAAGAGUAAUCUUAUAUGUACUGUAUAUGUUGAUUAUGCAGAACUGAAGAGUCUGUACUGCCAUUGUGCCAUAUUUUAAAAACUGCUGUCUUCGUGCUGACUGGAAUGACGUAACUAAACUUCUAAUUUCCUCUGCCUUUACGUGUAAGUGUGAACAACACUUUGCCUAGCCAUUCUGACACCAAGGAAAGAAUAAUGAUGCUGUAACAUCAGUAUUAAGUCUCAUAUUUUGACAAGUGUUUGGUGAAUUACUUUUAAGUCAUACACAGAAGCCUCAUCUUAUGUUUCAGUAGAGCUCAUUCAAAUGUUAAUCACGAGAACUACCAUAGCAUUUAUUAUAAUUCAUUUGUGUUUAAAUUAAUUCCCAAGUCUGUGUAAGUAGCUUUGUAUGCACAUAUAUACAUACUGACAAACAGAAUAUGUAGCAAGUAUUAUGUUCAGUGUUUGUUAUCUUUUAUGUGUAAUUUUGUGUCAUUAAAUAGUAAUAAACAAAUGUUCAUAUA